AUGGCGCUGGUUACCACGGCGCUGGUUACCCAGAUCCAGAUGUUGAGAUGUGUUAGCAUGCGGCCACGGUUAACCCCCCACAGUCUCAAACCCAGGCAGGUCAAGAAGGUGGAGGUCUGUCAGGGUCAGGUCAAGGAGGUGGAGGUCUGUCAGGGUCAGGUCAAGGAGGUGGAGGUCUGUCAGGGUCAGGGGCAGGUCAAGGAGGUGGAGGUCUGUCAGGGCCAGAGGCAGGUCAAGGAGGUGGAGUUCUGUCAGGGUCAGAGGCAGGUCAAGGAGGUGGAGGUCAAGGAGGUGGAGUUCUGUCAGGGUCAGAGGCAGGUCAAGGAGGUGGAGGUCUGUCAGGGUCAGAGGCAGGUCAAGGAGGUGGAGGUCUGUCAGGGUCAGGUCAAGGAGGUGGAGGUCUGUCAGGGUCAGGGUCAGAGGCAGGUCAAGAAGGUGGAGUUCUGUCAGGGUCAGAGGCAGGUCAAGGAGGUGGAGGUCUGUCAGGGUCAGAGGCAGGUCAAGGAGGUGGAGGUCUGUCAGGGUCAGGUCAAGAAGGUGGAGGUCUGUCAGGGCCAGAGGCAGGUCAAGAAGGUGGAGGUCUGUCAGGGUCAGGUCAAGGAGGUGGAGGUCUGUCGGGGCCAGAGGCAGGUCAAGAAGGUGGAGUCAGGGCCAGAGGCAGGUCAAGGAGGUGGAGGUCUGUCAGGGUCAGGGGCAGGUCAAGGAGGUGGAGGUCUGUCAGGGCCAGAGGCAGGUCAAGGAGGUGGAGUUCUGUCAGGGUCAGAGGCAGGUCAAGGAGGUGGAGGUCUGUCAGGGUCAGGUCAAGGAGGUGGAGGUCUGUCAGUAGUCAGGGCCAGAGGCAGGUCAAGGAGGUGGAGUUCUGUCAGGGUCAGAGGCAGGUCAAGGAGGUGGAGUUCUGUCAGGGUCAGAGGCAGGUCAAGGAGGUGGAGGUCUGUCAGGGUCAGGGUCAGGUCAAGGAGGUGGAGGUCUGUCAGUAGUCAGGGCCAGAGGCAGGUCAAGGAGGUGGAGUUCUGUCAGGGUCAGAGGCAGGUCAAGGAGGUGGAGGUCUGUCAGGGUCAGAGGCAGGUCAAGGAGGUGGAGGUCUGUCAGGGUCAGGUCAAGGAGGUGGAGGUCUGUCAGGGUCAGGGUCAGAGGCAGGUCAAGAAGGUGGAGUUCUGUCAGGGUCAGAGGCAGGUCAAGGAGGUGGAGGUCUAUCAGGGUCAGAGGCAGGUCAAGGAGGUGGAGGUCUGUCAGGGUCAGGUCAAGAAGGUGGAGGUCUGUCAGGGCCAGAGGCAGGUCAAGAAGGUGGAGGUCUGUCAGGGUCAGGUCAAGGAGGUGGAGGUCUGUCGGGGCCAGAGGCAGGUCAAGAAGGUGGAGGUCUGUCAGGGUCAGGGGCAGGUCAAGGAGGUGGAGGUCUGUCAGGGCCAGAGGCAGGUCAAGGAGGUGGAGGUCUGUCAGGGCCAGAGGCAGGUCAAGGAGGUGGAGGUCUGUCAGGGUCAGGGGCAGGUCAAGGAGGUGGAGGUCUGUCAGGGUCAGGUCAAGGAGGUGGAGGUCUGUCAGGGUCAGGGUCAGAGGCAGGUCAAGAAGGUGGAGUUCUGUCAGGGUCAGAGGCAGGUCAAGGAGGUGGAGGUCUGUCAGGGUCAGAGGCAGGUCAAGGAGGUGGAGGUCUGUCAGGGUCAGGUCAAGAAGGUGGAGGUCUGUCAGGGCCAGAGGCAGGUCAAGAAGGUGGAGGUCUGUCAGGGUCAGGUCAAGGAGGUGGAGGUCUGUCGGGGCCAGAGGCAGGUCAAGAAGGUGGAGGUCUGUCAGGGUCAGGGGCAGGUCAAGGAGGUGGAGGUCUGUCAGGGCCAGAGGCAGGUCAAGGAGGUGGAGGUCUGUCAGGGCCAGAGGCAGGUCAAGGAGGUGGAGGUCUGUCAGGGUCAGGGGCAGGUCAAGGAGGUGGAGGUCUGUCAGGGCCAGAGGCAGGUCAAGGAGGUGGAGUUCUGUCAGGGUCAGAGGCAGGUCAAGGAGGUGGAGGUCUGUCAGUAGUCAGGGCCAGAGGCAGGUCAAGGAGGUGGAGGUCUGUCAGGGUCAGGGGCAGGUCAAGGAGGUGGAGGUCUGUCAGGGCCAGAGGCAGGUCAAGGAGGUGGAGGUCUGUCAGGGUCAGAGGCAGGUCAAGGAGGUGGAGGUCUGUCAGGGUCAGGUCAAGGAGGUGGAGGUCUGUCAGUAGUCAGGGCCAGAGGCAGGUCAAGGAGGUGGAGUUCUGUCAGGGUCAGAGGCAGGUCAAGGAGGUGGAGUUCUGUCAGGGUCAGAGGCAGGUCAAGGAGGUGGAGGUCUGUCAGUAGUCAGGGCCAGGGGCAGGUCAAGGAGGUGGAGGUCUGUCAGGGUCAGGGGCAGAGGCUGAUGUAGUUUACACCCGUGGAUGGGUAGUCAACAAAUAAUCAAAGAGCCGAACAGUCAGUCAUUCCUUAUCCUCUGCUACCACCUUGUGGCGCUUUCAUGUAUGUAACGUUGCUUAACAAUAACAUUGACAGGCUAAAACGGAGGCUUUGAUUUAUGUUCAUUUCAAGCUAGGAUCUGGGAAAGGUGAAACUGCAUCACUGUUCACCACAGGCGCAUUUGUUAACGUUUUGUUAAUGGUGUGUUAUUGUUUUGUUAAUGUUGUGUAAUUGUUUUGUUAAUGUUGUGUUAUUGUUUUGUUAAUGUUGUGUUAUUGUUUUGUUAAUGUUGUGUUAUUGUUUUGUUAAUGUUGUGUUAUUGUUUUGUUAAUGUUGUGUUAUUGUUUUGUUCAUGUUGUGUUAAUGUUGUGUAAUUGUUUUGUUAAUG